AUGGGUAGCGCCGCCGGCAACGUCAGAGCCCGCUGGAAGGCGUCGAACUCGCUGCUGCUGCCCCCCGGCACAGGUCCCGAGACCGAGACGCCAACAACAGGCCCGGAUAGCAGGACAACAAGCAGUUCAGAUCGAGACCUACAAGCCGGUGCCAAGGCCGUGGUCGCUGCUGGAGUUGUCGUUUUUGUCGUUGUUUUUGUCGUCGUACUCGUUAUUCUGAGCUUGGCCAUGACUGGGAAGCGGUGGAAGGGCAAGAAGGUGGAGGGAGGCAUGAUUGGACUAGCGAUGAGAUGGAUGCAGAGUGGUAAUGUCCAGCAGUGA